AUGCUAAGCACAAGUUCAAACAGCAGACCCGGGCUCAGUUCAAACCAAUUGGGUUACUAAGUGCUGAAGGUUUAAUGUUUCGCCGUCAGUAUUACAGACAACAGGCUUUUCACGGACAGAUAUCUGGCAUUGGGUCUGGAGAAUGGGCAGCAGUAGCAGCAAGUUGUUUUGCUGUAAAUCUAGUGGGAAGAAAGAAUCUCCAUCAAAAGAACACCAGGAAUUUCCUCAAGAAUUAGCAGCGCUUCAUGAAGAUGGUGAUUUACUUGGAAAUAUUUCUGAUCAGCUACAGAAGGCAGAAGCAGCCCUUCACGGGAAACAUGAGAAAGAAUUGCAAGGGAUCAGAGAGGAGCACAAGACAGAACUUACACAACUUAAAGAAGAUCUAUGUUCAAUUCACAGUGCAGAGAAAAAACAGCUUCAACAGAUACAUGCUGAGGAUGUUGAGAAACUGAAACAGGAACUGCAAAAGAAAGAAGCCGCACAGUCAGAGUCCAGAAUAGAGGAACUGAAAGCCAGCCACUCUGAAUAUGUCAAGGUACUCCGAGAGGAAUGUGAGGCUGCAAUAGCAGGACUCGUGAAACUACAUAAACAGGAGCAGAAAUCAUUGACUGAAUCCUUUACAAAAACUAUCACAUGUCUUCAGGAAAGAAUAGAAGAGCUUUCUACCCAAGUCAACACAUUUCAAAAGAAGACAAAGAAAAUUGAAGAUGCAAUAUUAAGAAGAGAUCUCAGUGAAGACAAUCAGGACUCACAUCCACCAAACUUAUUCUGGGAGCAGGAACUGGAGAGUUUACGUUUUGUGGUGGAGAUGAAGAAUGAACGAAUCCAUCAGCUGGAUAAGGAAGUAUUACAGAUGAAGAAUCUGAUUGAAAUAAAUAACAUACAUGAGGAAAAAGUUAAAAUCCUUCAACAGGAAAACGAGGACUUGAAAGUUCGUCUGACAAACCAACAGGCCUUUGCAAGACAAUUAUCCAAAGAGCAUGAGGUCCUACAACAGACUUUGGAGAAAGAAACUACAGCCAAAGAACGACUUUGUCAGGAGAAAGAUGAACUGGUCUGGAAGCUGCAAAACGGAAAUGCAUCACCGACUGUUGAAACAUCAUGGAAACUACUUCACUCAGAGUCAUUAGACGUAUCCUUAAGGUGACAGUAAAUAUUAGAAGAACAGGAAUUUCAAAGAAAACUCGACAAUCUUGAUUAUUGUCCUCGUCCUGAGACAAGUUGAAAGCAUCUACCUCAGCAUGCUUGAUUUUGAUAGUCUCGGUGAAUUUCAGCCCUGAACUGAUUAGUGCCAACAGCUGAAUUUUAAAAAAGAUGCAACACUGCAAUGUUACCAAUCUCCAAAUGAAUCAUGAAUUGAACUGACAAUGGAUUUGGAUGAAAGGAGAAGGUGAAUUUUGAUUUAUAUGGUCCACCCUGCACAUUUUAUGCAACUGUGUUUAGAGAGAGCUUGACUCUGAGACACUUUAUUAAGGGCAUUUGCUGUAUGUUUAUUUUCCCUCACAAUUUCACAUACUUUAAAGUGUUCUUUGUUUUAGGAAAAUGGCACCAUUGUGAACUGCAUGCUUGGUGAAAUUAGUCUUCCUUGACACAAGUUUAUUCUUUAAGGAAAGCAAAUAUGAUCUUAGUUUUUAUUUUUAACAUAGAAAUGUUCAUCCUUUCAGUUAAUCCCUACAAUUGAAAUAUAGAUCGUGAUAAUAGUGACGCAGUUCAUCAGCGUAGAGUCUAAAGGUAACAUACAGUCAUCUUAAAUAUGACAGAAAAAAUUCUUAUUAUUCAUGAGGGGAGAAGAAUGACAGCCAUAUGAAAUUUUCAAAUAUUACCAAGUAAAAACUGGCAAUAUGCACAAAUAUAAAUAGGAAUUAAUCUUAGUUUUUUUUAUUUGCAUAUAAUUUGUGGUUUAAAAAAAUACAAAAUAAGCCAUUGUACCAAAGCUUGAUGCAUUAGCUACAAAUUAUAACGUCUACUUGCAUCUCAAAAUUUCAAGCACUUUCUAACAUUACAAUUGUAUUUAGAAUGAGACGUUAGAUCAGAUAGUUCAGAAGCUUAAGAAAGCUUCUGAUUGCUACUGCAAAAUAUCCCUUGGAAUUCCCAGGUUUUCCGGAAAGAAUUGCUUGUGUCUUCAAUAAAACUAUUGGAGACUGUUGGUGCUCGAUAAUGCCUGUUCACACCGCAGACGAUUACAGAGGACAGUCCACAGUCCCACACUUGUUAGAAAGGAACUCUGGAAGUCCACUUCCUAAUCCAAUUGAAACUGCCGACGAUUCCAUUGGAUGUAAUGAUGCUAAAUAUGAUGAUUAUCAAAGAGCUCUACAAUAAACUCCGGGUAGUGCAAAUAGUUCACAGACAACUAUAGUACACACACAGUACUCGAACAGGAUUUGAAUAUGAAAAAUGCAAUCCUCUGAACAGUGAUGAAAUCAGUGCCAGUCAAUCAGAUAAAUGAACAGCAGAAUGUUAGGAAAGCCAGAUAAUCAGGAAAUAAGUGCAGAUCUGGAAUUAGUAAGGAUAGGUCGUACUGAUAACAAUAGAAAACAAUAGCACUUUACUGAUCUAAUGAAUAGUUAGAAUUUUGUGUUAUAUUUUGAAGCCACCAAUGUGUAUUUAAAAUAAUUGAAUGCCAAAGUUUUCAAGGAUAAAAGUAAAUGAUUGUUCUGGCUUCUGCACUUACAUUUCCUUCAGGUUUGUGCAGUAUUUAAAUAUACCUGAUGGCUGUUCUUCAGUUCUCUGAACAAAGGUAGGUCUGACCCGCUAUGCCUAAACCUCUUCCGAGGGAAUGUCACUUAUUUCAAAGAAUGUAGUUAUUGAAGGAUAUUAGCAAUGACUUGGCUGAUUAUCAAAAAAAGGGAAAUGCACUCACUGAAUAUUUUAUAUCCCACCAACACGACAGUGGUGCAAUCAUAUUGGGCAUAUAUAUCAGAUGAGAAUAUUAAAUGACAUGAAUUUUCAUCACAACACACAAAUAAAGAGAAGUGUUCUUUUUCUAAUUUAAUGUGUCUCAUUUUCUCAGGCACUUUUAAGCUGAAAGUUUAUAUUUUAAAAAUCUCAAAGCCAGAAAUUCUGUAUUAAAUACUGGUUAGAUAUGAAAUAAAGCAAUAAAAAUGAGCAUGCUCCUAAA